CACACGGCAUGGACGCAGUUUUUGAUUUGAAGAUUCACGAGUCACGAGGGAGUGGUAUUUAACGGCGACUUUACAUUAUUAUUAUUCCUAUUGCCGUAAAAGCGCGAUUUAUGGCGUUUAACCUAACGGCGUCUCUACUGGCUUCAGCAAUCAUUGUGCUUCACCUCCUCUCUGCCACCCAUAACUCUAUCCCCCCAUAUCCCUGUCUGAGUUCACUGCAAUUUGCAUUUUUGCACUACGAUCGUGAAUCUCGUCGGCAUUUUCACCGGGGUCUCAAUUAUCGUCAUCUUCUCAGCCAUGUAAUUUGAUGGGGGAAUAUAUUGCAGGCUUUGCAGGAGAGUAAACAGAAGUCGGGGCUCAGUUUCCAAUAUGGUAGCUGUUGUGACUGCUCAUUUUUGUUGCGAGGUCUUAAUUGAUCGAGCGAACUUGAUGUUAUAGUUACUUUGAUUGGAGUGGUACGUUGGAAUUGAUGAGUAACAGACGACCUGAACCGCAUGUUGCGCAACAAAUUCGGCGUGACAGGUUGAGAAUCCAGAAUAGCUCCCAGCAUUCAGAAGGUUUCCCAAGCAAUCUUGAACGAUUAUCUUUACGACCAGGGAUCAGUUCUGAUCUUCUUCAAGUUAGGAGUGUGAGGAAUGCGAAUAUGCUUUACGAACCUGCUUUCUAUUCAUCGGAGAUGGUCAAUUUUUCAUCGGUUUCGAAUCCUUUAGCUGAAUCCGGUAGGCUGAUGACGAUGCCUCAGCUUGCUUCAUUCCCCUAUUCAUCAAACCCCGCUUCGUCCAGCUUUCAUUCUUCUCUCGAAGAGCAAUGCGAAGUACGUAACUUAGGCUAUUGGAGAAACAUUGGGUCACACCAAGUCUAUGAUUGGAUGCCUAACUAUGCCUCUAGUUCGGCGACUGACGAAAGCAAUCCUAAUCCUAAUUCCACUUUUGGCGUAGCAAUCAAUAAUGAACUCACAGGUGUACAGUCUUCCUCUCUGAACAAUCCGUCAGAUGAAACGGCGAGCCGGGAAAGCCAACGGCAAUUAGGGGAGAUUCAUCCAAACUUUAUGCGGGAUGUAGUCAAGUCAGCUUCUAUCAGUGGGCAAGGGUCAGAAAUGGCUUCAAUAAUGCAAGAAAGUGGCCAUGGAAUGUGGGUGGGAAACGGAAAUCAACUUUUUCUUCCAAACUAUGGAAUCCAAUCAAAUCAGUUGCGUCUUGGAAAUCCUAAUUCUUGCACUAAUCGAACGAUCGAUAGUUCUCUCGGUUGCAAAGAUAUUGAUGAAUGCUCGGGUCGUCCAGUGUCCGACUCCAAUAAUCAGGGCUUAUCUUUAUCGCUCUCAUCGAAUUCACAGUCUGCGCAUUGCAGAUCGGAUGACCACCAAUCGCGGUGUGUGGUAUCUAAGGAUCCUUCAUGCCCAAAACCUUUGAGAUCUGUUUUAAAUCCCUCUUCCAAUGCUGGAGACCGUGUCAAAUCGAUUCAAAACAUGGUGGUGGGAACACCUUCGAACAUUGAUUAUCGAAAUGUGGGGCCUCUCGGCCCUUUCACGGGGUAUGCUACCAUAUUGAAGAAUUCAAAUUUCUUAAAGCCAGCGCAACAGUUGUUAGAAGAAAUCUGUGGUCAAUCCCGUGAAAAACUUACGAAAGGACAUGAUGUUUCUGGGAGGGUUUCUGGAGAAGCUGGCGCUUCCACUUCUGCUGACGCUGUCAAUGCAACAAAUGAAAGUGAUGUUGGUGGAACCAGGAGUAGCUCUCACCCUUCUCGGCCAGAGUAUCAGCAAAGAAUGGCUAAGUUUCUGUACAUGCAAGAGGAGGUUAUAAGAAGGUACAAGCAACAUCAGCAGCAAAUGGAAAUGGUUGUUUCAUCCUUUGCGUCAGUUGCGGGUCUUAGUUCUGCUACUCCUUACAUCUCCAAGGCUCUCAAGUCAGUAUCAAAGCACUUCAGAGGCCUAGAAAAUGCUAUCUCCGAUCAAGUUAAGCAUAUAAGAGAAGUUUUGGGAGAGGAAUUAUGUGCACCUACCGGUGGUGGUACUGUUACUUCUACCAGUGGCCAACUUGACAGCAAUAUGGCGCGACUCAAGUUCUUGGACCAAAGCUUUCAAAAGAACAAAUUCAUUGUGGGCGGCACAGGCUACGUGGAACACCAGCAGCAUGCCUGGAGGCCCCAGCAGAAAGGCUUACCAGAGCGUGCGGUGUCAAUUCUUAGGGCUUGGUUGUUUGAUCAUUUUCUUCACCCGUACCCCACGGACGCUGAUAAACACAUGCUAGCUGCUCGAACAGGUCUGUCUCGAAACCAGGUAUCAAACUGGUUCAUAAACGCCCGAGUACGUGUCUGGAAGCCAAUGGUAGAGGAAAUACACAUGCUUGAAAUGAAAGGCUUGACGAAUGAAAAAGACACCCAGAAAGCUGGUAAAAACGAGGGAGCCCGUGCCAUUGAGUCAGGAGGAAAUCAAUUGCGGUGUGUAGAGAGUAAUGUGGAUGAGGAUCAGGUGGCUGGCUUAGAUGCACAACAAUGGAGCCAAGAGAAGCGAUCGAAGCUGGAAUGCCACAUUACGCCCAGCAUGGAGCACCAUCAAUUAAUGGGUUUUGUCCCUUACUCAAGCGGUGAGGUUGAGGCUGGGGGAGUUGGCCCCGUCUCACUAACGCUGGCUCUCAAACAUGGCGACGUUGAGGCGAUACAGCAACACCACUUUGGAGGGCAUGUCAGCAAUGAUUUUGUUGGUUAAUUCCCUCAAUCCCAAUGAUUCUCCGUUUUUCUCUUUAAAUCUUUUGGAAUAGCAAUGCAUGGAAUGACAUGAUUAACCCAAAAAGGCCUCAGGGAGUAAUGAAGCUUUAGCAGAGCGUUCGAUGAAAA